UUGUUUUCUAUUAUUUAAUUUAACGUUAAUCGAUAAAACUUACAAUUACUUAUUUGUUUAUUAUUUUAAUAAAAUAAAUGGCCAAAUUGUAUAUAGUUAUGUGUACAAACAAUUAAUGUAUAAUAUAUAUAAUCUAACUAAUUGAAAAUGUACCAGUGAAUUAUAAUUUAUAAAAUAAAAACACACGGAACUCUGUAUAGUAAUAGUAUAUAAUAUAGUGCCAGAAAAUCUUGUAAGAGGUCACAAAUGCAUUUUUGGAUAGAUAAACGCAGCCAGUGCUACAAUAGCCGUCAUCGCGUACCAUCAUCAUUAUCCGCUGGUAAGUGUGCGGGGGGAGUGUACGGCGGGGCGCCGGGCGGCCGCAAGGGGAUGGCGGCGCCCGUGCACCGCUUCAUGCCCGUCGACUGUGCGCCCCGCCGCCCGCGCUCGCAUCGCCGAUACGGCGCUCCGCCCCUGGCCGGCGUACACUGCCGGCGGCCGGAGGAGCCCAGCACCUACGUGGAGGUCCCGGCGGAGCCCCCGCAGCCCCCGCAGCCCACCAUCGCCAGCCUGGCGGCGGCCCGCAGCGUCACGCCCGACACGCUACUGCGCACGGCGGCCCUGGGCCUGCACGACCCGCCCGCGGUGGCGCCGCACCUCAAGUUCGGGAUCCUCGUGUCUCUCGCGCUGGCCACCGUCUUCAUGGCCGGGGCCAAGUACUACUUCGACCGACAGGUGGUGAACGAGGACGGCAGCCACGAGGCAGGCGUGAUGUGCCUGGCCAUGGCUUGCGUCUGCGGCAUGGGCUGCGCGCUCUCUCUGUGUCGUCCGCGGAGCGCCGCGCCGCCCGUGGAGCCCGUGCGGGUGUGCUCCACGGCCACGCGCGAGCGAAUGCUACCAUCCGAGCCGUCCGAGGACAUAUCGCUCACCACACUACUCCAGACUCCGGAGCAGACGGCGUCCACGUCGUCGCCCGAGGCGCCCCCCCCCUACCACAUCGCGGUGCUGCUCCCCCCCCGGGAGUCCUCGCCGCCGCCGCCCGCCUACAGCGCGCUCAGCUAGCCCGAGCACGUGAGUCCAGAGUUCAUUAUAUAAAGGGCUCUUGGACUUACAUCUCCUGGACUAUAUGUGGCGUUUCCUCUUAGUGUUGAUAGUAUAUUAAAUACGGUAUUUUCUAUCGGCCAUACACAAAUCUAGCAAUCAUUGUAUUUAUUGAUAUUGGAUUGUUUAGCGUGACCUUCGAUUGUAAUAAACAAAUGCCAAAUAAGAUUGACAGGACCAUCCAGCUCCAUAUAAUCUCUAUGCAUAAAUAGUAAUAUACAUGCAACAUGCAUCUCGCAGUAGGUAUAUUUACAUAGAGAUUCUCGGACUAUUAUGGCAUGUUAUAGAGUCUCGCCGCAAUAUGGCUUCUGUAAUGUCAUAUAUAUAUAUAUAUAUAUAUACCGUGUUUUCAUCAUCUUCGCAACUCAAAGCAAGUUAUUAAUAGCGGGUCUAUGAAUAUUUGGUGUUUUAGCAGUAACAUUGGCCAGUUAACAAUGGCAAAAUCAACAAGUUACACAUUCAAAUUUCUAUCAUGAAUUAACUUAAAUGUUGAUUAAUUAAGUCUAAACUUCAAGAAAACCUUCCUCAAUAUUGAGGCAGGUUCUAAGCACAAUGUAGAUCUUCUAUGGAAGCAGGGGUAGAAAUAAUAGAAAAAAUAAUGACAUCAAAAAUCCUGUUUUUAAUAAAGGCCAUUUAUUAAGUAUAUUGGAAAUAUGUUUUGGCAUGGAAAAGCAUAAAUGCUUCAAGAAAAAUGUCCACAUAUUUAUAUUGUAAAAGUAUUGCUUAUACAACUUAUGACCAGCGUAGCGUAUGGUGUAACGUCCAUGAACUUAGGCAGCUUACAAUGAGAGCAGAUGUUACAGAAAGCUAUGGAGCACCUGAUGAUUGGCUUUCAUCAUUUAUCAGAUAAGCAAAAGAGAGACAGCUGGGGCUGAAAACCCCGUAAAUGUAGGGAGUAGGAACUGGUUGUUGUGUAUGGCUCAAGCAAGGGGAUAAUUUUAGUGCAUUGGAUCAUGAAGUUGGGUAGAAUUAAUGGUGAUGAAGUUAUAUUGAAGUUAACAGUCAUCUUUAAUAGUUAUUUAUGCAACUGUUAUGUAAUAAGGGGUAUUAAAACACGAAUGUGAGUUUACCUAAUGGGUGGGGAUAAUAUUGAUGGGCAUGAGUGUUUUAAUACUUAAUAAUCAACAGUUGCAUACAUGACUUUAUCUACACCCAUAAUAUGAACCCUCUAUAAAAGAUUCUGAAACAGUUAGCUUACUGCUAACAUUAAUAAAGCCAGUCUUAGUAACCAUUACAUCAUACAAACGAGUGUUGUAAUGUUGUACUGAAUUUCAUUACAACACUCGUUUGGAUGAUGUAAUGGUUAUUAGGACAUUGGAUGUUUUAAUGUUGACAAUAAGCUAACCGUUUUAGAAUCUUUAAUAGUGCAUUUAAAGCAUGGGUGUGGAUAAAAUAGAAUUUACAUUGUGAUAAGUUACCUGAUAUGAUAUCCACAUUCCAAGUGUAACACAACGCUUAUAGUCACAAAGGAGUCGGACAACAACAAUUAUAAAAUAACGUAUUUGUCUUUUAUGUAUUUAAGUCAAGCUAGAAUUAUAAUUAUUAUGUGUUGUUUACAAUAUUAUGUAACUAUGAUGUGUAAGUUAAAAUCGCAUUAUAGAUAAUAUAAAAUAAUACCAAAAUCGUUCAUUGAAACCAUUUUGAAUGUGAAAUGUAAAUUGAAAAUAUAAUAACAGGCCUAUAUUACACCGGGACACCAUACUCCGAGCUAUGGAUGCGCCACCGUGGUGUCCCGGUGGUAGCCCUAAAAGGUGAAUGGAUGUGGACCACUUACCUGUAUAAAUACCACUGGACAGGCUGUUCCAUAUGUUUGACAGCAAAUUUGUUGUGCCUAUUUGAAGCGCCACUCGCGAGCGUCCAGAGAACUAAUUUUGACGUAUUUAACGAAUGGCUGCGAAGGAACGUAUAAUACACUCUGAAGUAUUUUUACGUUUUGAAUUAAAUUCCUUCGUUUUCCGUGUUAUUUAUACUUCAAGAAUCAACGUAAUAAAUAAAGUACACAUUUUUUUUUGUACAUAGUUUCCCACCAUAUAUUGAUGUUUGCUGAGGUUGUCAUCACUAGUUUUAGUACCGUAGACUCUCGCUAUAUGGCCAACAGCGCCAAAAUGGCGGAUAUCAAACAGGCACAAAAGCACUUUGACAGCCGCCAGUUCAGUGGUAUAUUAAUAGUAGAGGUCAGUGAUGUGGACUUAUCCACUUAGACUAUUAACAGGAUCGGCCCUCAUACAUUGUUUAAGAAACCAACCGCUAUAUAAAUCAUUUUCAAUAAUAAUUAUACAAAGAAUUAAAACAGAAUAUUAACUCGGAGCUAGUCAAUUCUAUGUUUUUAUGUUUAAUAUGAUAUACAUAGGUUUAAUGUGUUUUAGAGACCUUAGCGAUAUUGUUCCUCGUGUGUCUGAUCUCAUUUAUGUAUAAGUAUAAGACGGGUGAAACAAUUAUUCAAUUGUAAUUUGGAUACUACCUAAUGUCCCGGUUGACUUGACCAAAUACCAAUUGGCCUAUCUCAAUACAGGAGCCAUUACUAUAAAUCACACAUACAGUGUUACAGUGACUUACAUACAUAAAUUCUUAAUUUGCAGAAAAUCCAUUUUUUUUGCUACUUUGGAGUCUUUGGCUGGAUAUGUUCCGAUAAAUUGGUGAAUGUAGCUCAGAUAUCUUUUUAUAACAAAUAACUCAGUUGCUCCAAUGUUUCUCCAAAGAUAAGUAACCCAGUUGAAAAUAAUAAAUCUUUUUUAUUAAGGUUAAAUGAAACAAUAGUUGGCCUUUAAUAGCUUUAUUUCAAAGAAUACGUUUAAAAAAUAUAAUGCAAUGAAAAAAAUAUUUCAGAAAAACAACAAUUACUUCAGUUAGAUCAUUUAUACGUCUAGAUAAACUAUGUAUGACAGCUGUGAAAAUGUCGAAAAAAUUUGAGUUUAGAGCUCACCUCUAUUUUGAGCAAUUCACAUACACUAACAAAUAGUGUCAUACAAAUCGCAGGUGUAAGACAUAGCUUGUCACGCACACUAAACUAAUAUUCCUGGCCUGUUUUUAUCGGUUGUCUAACAGCAAGAGACUCUAUCCAGACGUAUUAAUUAUAUAAGGUUUAGUGUUGCCACCAAAUGUGUACUUGUAGCAUGGAAAAUACUUAAUACGUGCAAUAGUAUUUAGUAAAAUCGACUAUUCAUCCUGCAAUGUUAUCGAGCUUAUAGUAGGUACAAAUCCUCAAUAUUUAGUCCAAAUGGCUUCGGUUAGUACCAUGCGCACUUAAUAAUUUGCCUGUAGGUUUUAAAAUAACAAAUUAUUCUUUAGUUAUAAUUAUAGUUUUAUCAUUGAAUACAGCUUUAGCAUGUGAUACUUAAGUGCUACAUAUAGCAAUUGUUAAAUCGGCAUUUUAAAUACUUACUUCAACUUAACAUGUUCUAAGUUACCCAGUCGCUUUGGCGAACUUACAUGACUGACAUAGUCAUGUAAGUGAUCACUUAGUCUUAGAGCUAAGUAAGUAAAUAUACAAAUUAUUAACGGCCUUCAAAUAAACUUAGUAUAAAGUUAUAUCUGAGAAUAAACCAAGAAUCUUAAAUUAAGGAUCGGUCUCCGCUGCGCUCUAACUAGAUACCGCACGCGUAAUCUCAAAGUGCGGCAAUUAAUACUACGACCAGGUAGGCAUACUCGAGCCUAUCUAUAAAAAUGUGUGACGUUUACGUGCCACAUGUUGUUAAACUUUGCUAAUAAUUGAAACUAAAACUUUGUAAAAAUAAUAGUGCAAGAAAUAAGAAACACACUGCGAUCACAUAUCAUCAGUGAGUAUUUUGAAUUUGAUUAAUUUCAAUGUAAAAUAAAACGAAGCGUAUGUUAAAAAAUUUCGGUAUCUAGUUGGAGCGCAGCGGAGACCAAUCCAUAAUCUAAACCAAGAAUAUACAAAUUUAAAUUGUCGUUGCAGUUAAGUCUGUGUAGCACCGACGUACGAAAUAAUAUGUAAAAUGAAAAUAGCUACUUACUGCUUUACAAUUUGGUAAAGAAAGCCCAAAGAUAUUAGACUGAAAAUUAAUAAACGAUUAAUGAUUUAAUUUAUUAUUUAUUGUAGGUGUAACAAUGAUCUCAAGUUUGUUUAGUAUUUGCAAUAUUUAUUACUUAGAAUGAACGUAUAUAUAUGUACUGUUAUCAUUCACCUUUACAUAAACAUAUUGUAUAGCAGCAUACAUAUAGAAAGUUUGAUUAUCUGAAAAUACCGGUUUACCGAACACCCCUGUCCCCCAGUUAGUUCGAUUAAUCGACACUCUACUGUAACGUCAAAGCAGAACUAUCAAAACGUUAUGAAGGUGAACAAAGUAAACGGAUAACGCCCCCUCAAUAGAUGGCGCUAGUAUCUACAAAGAGUACUGCAAUAAAUAUAAUAUUAACAAUUACAUUUUUGUAAACGAUCUAGUUUCCGACCAAAGAAUAUAUACUAUACUAUACUAUACUGAGAAUAAAUUCUAAUGAUAGAAUUGUGAAUAAUUUAUUUUACGUGUACUUAACUCGCUUCAAUGUUGCAAUAAGUCUAGUACCAAAAGUAUAUUAUUUCCGUUUUUUAUUUUAAUUUGAUAUGGAAGCAAAUCUGUGAAUACAUAUAUAGACAAUAUGUUAUGUUUUUAAAGUAAUAACCCUCACUUCUAGGAUUAAUACACAAAUAAAAUUUGAAAAACAUAAUUUUAUGAACGAUGUACUCGAACGGUUAGCUACUCAGUUGGUUAGAGCACCGGCACGGAACGCCGCAGGUCGUGGGUUCGAAACCCCCCUUACAUAAAAUUUUGUUUUUCAAAUUUAAUUUGUAAAUAUAUAGAGUUGCUUACAGACAUUAAUACUAGAAGGGCUUCAACCUUUUGACUAUUUUAUUAAAAUGAAAGUCCCUGCGAUAAAUAUGGAUCAGCAAUGUAUAGUUUUUCUAGUGUAUUUUUUGUUUAUGUGUUGUAUAUUUAAUAUUAUUUUUGUAUUAAAAACCCGUAAUAUAUGUAUAUGUCCAUUAAAGUGUAUAAUAAAAAUAAAACCAAUUAUAGGUUAAAAUUCUUUUGAAUUUAAUAUGAUAUAUGCUCGAAUGUAUUUUUAGACGAUACAUAGAAGUAUUAAUAGCAAUAAUGUUAAUUUCCUUGGGACUUCUAGUUUUGAUAACAUUUGUUUAAAUGACAUUUCAUUGUCACAUUAUUCAUUAUAUUUGAGAUAUGAGAAACCAAUAAGCACAGAGUAUAAUACAGUAACUGGUUAAUGCAGUUUAGUGAAAACUAGAUCAUCAUUAUUUCGGGAGAUGGAGAAAAAUUUAUGAAAGAUUAACGGUUAAAAAAGAUUAACGCUCUGUUCAAACUGAGGCGAAUAACGCGCGGGCCGCGGGACGCGAUUUAGAUCAAUUCGCUCGCUCGAGUAGCCUCUCAAACUGACGCGACGUUCUUCAGUGGAGAAACAUGAUGUAUUGUGAGACUAAACAAUCCCGCCGGGCGUCCCGCUCGUUUCGCUUCAACUUGAGCGACUACUCGCGUCAAUUUGAACACGUCCAUACAAGUUAGCUGACACAAUCCCGCGCGUCUUUCGGCUCAGUUUGAACAGAGCUUAAAGGUUAAAUUAAUAUAUAAUAAGCCCGAAAUACCAAAAAAAAAAAUACAUUAACAGAAAUUCAAUCAAAAAUUAAUAUCCAAUAAAUCCAACUUAAAUUACAAACUUGUACCAAUUUUAAAUUAACUUCAAAUUCGCUAUAUGAUUGUCCAUUAUCCAUUAUUGGGAAGUUCUUAGGUAAAUUAAAUAUGCUAUUCAAACCUCUAUGUUUGGUAAUUAGUGUCAUAUUAUAUUAGUAUAUAGGUAAAUGUGUUCCAAUAUAUGAUAUGUAUAAUCCCCACCGUAGCUAGGUACAUACAUUCCAGAUUAUAAUUGUAUGUAAUGUGUAUAUUAUAUAGGUAUUUAUGUGUUAAUAAAAUAUGUAGAUUUUGUGCAAUGGGUAGGUACCAUAAUAUAUGUGAGUGUGAGCCUAACUAGAGCAUCAAUGUUACAAGUUAACAAUAAUAUCUGUUUUUUCAGAAAAAGGACAGAUUUAUAUUUUAUUAAUAAAUAUAUAGUGAAAUAUCUCAAUAACUAGUAUAUCUCGUUUUUGCUAAAAUAUAAUAUUUUAAAGUUAUGUUAUAAACAGAGCUAUUGUUUAACACUGUAUUAGUAUCCAUAAAGAAUGUUCAAAUAUUACGUUGGUGGAUUAAGUAUCCUGUCAAUUAUAGAAGUCGUAGUCGACGGUUAUUGCUCGAAGGCGAAGUCUGUGAACGCUGGAGUGCCCCAAGGCUGUGUACUAUCUCCUACACUGUUUCUUCUGCAUAUCAAUGAUAUGUUGGAGACCUCCAACAUACAUAUGAUAGCAGAAGAAACAGCGUGGGAGACAGCACACAGCCUUGGGGCACUCCAGAAUUCACGGGCUUCGCCGACUUCCUGACGUCUAACGAAAACAGAGCUCCAACACCGCGGGAUGGUCGGCGGUGUUUUUCCGUUGUCGUCAAGAGUCGAGUUGGAGGCGAAAAGAGUGCACAAGAGAUCGGCUUUCUCUUUUGCCGUAUGGGCCAGGGUGUCAUUCCUCAUGUGCAACGGCGGCAUGGACGGCUGGCUGAAGUUACCAAGAGCAGCUUUCGACAACGACCAAAACUUGCGUGUUCCGGUCGGGUAACUGGAAAGCUGCUCGCCGAUUUUGACGACGUGUUUUGAGUUUGCACGGGCGAUUUGCCGCUUAAAAAAUCUGGAGGCACGGUUGUAUUUCCUCUUAAGAACUGUGCAGUUCGGACCCUUUGUGCCCAGCGCCGCAACCCAAGUUCGAUACGCCUGUUUUUUGCAGUCAGAUGCUGCUUUAACUGACGCAUCGAACCAGGGCUGUGAUCUCCCACCGAUGGGUACUACAGAGUUUGGUAUAAAAAUAUCCAUACCCUGUAGUAUCACAUCGGCUACUGCAACGGCGCAGGCACUAGGAUCAUCCGAAGGGAAACAAACCCUGCCCCUUGAGUAGGAUGCAAAAAAGGAACGCAUCCUAUCCCAAUCUGCUGACUUGUAGUGCCAAACGCGGCGGGUCGCUCGUGGUCUGCGACGUUGGCGUCGGAUAGGCACUACACUCCUGACCAGGCAAUGGUCGGACGUUCCGAGAGGGGCGUCGACAAAGACCUGGUAACCAUCGGGAUGUGUAGUCAGCAGAAGAUCCAAUAAGGACGGCAUGUUGCUAUCCACCUCCGGGAGCCGCGUUGGCGACUCAACCAAUUGGGCCAGACCAUACGCCAAUGCAAAAUUAUGGACAGAUCGCCCUGCGUAGUCUGUGGUACGUGAUCCAAGCCAUUCAGCAUUGUGCCCGUUGAAAUCACCCAAGACUACGAUUUCAGCGGAGGGGAUCUGUGCAAGUACGUCGUCAAUUGCCGCUUGAACGCAGCCCAUGAGAUGAUCGGUUUCUGCGUUAUCACUAAUAUCACUAAUAGAUGUGGACGCGGUCCUCUAAAUCUACGCGGAGCCAGAGAGUGGACAGGUCCCUACCCUCAAUACCGUAAUACCGUAUACACGGGCCAUGUAGGUCGUGCAGUGCCGGGAGAAACUUGUGUCUUCUAUCGAGUCCACUCUUGAGAAGGUCGCGCAAUGGGGUAAAUUGAACCUUGUCCAAUUUAACCCCCAAAAGAUUCAAGUUUGCGCGUUUACCACAAAAAAAACCCAUUUGUCGUAUCACCGCUCUUCGACUACUCCUCGCCUAGUAUCGGAAUACUGGGUCUCAAAAUCUCGAGCAAUUGCCAAUUUCGCGGCUAUCUCGAGUACAAAGGUAAAUUGGCUACGAUGAAGCUGGGCGUCAUAAAUAGAGCACGGAAAUACUUCAAGCCUACAAAGCCAAGUCCUACAAAGCUGUGGAAUGAGCUUCCUUGUGCGGUGCGUGUACACCUUCCUUAAGGGCUGCCAACUCUCCUGUGAUUCUUUAGUUUUAAUCCUCGUGUCUCUAAUAAUGUCGGCGGCGUACGAUCGAAUAUUUUGCAACGACUUCAUAUUUUGUUAUUUUUUUAAUGCUUACUGUGUUUACUGUAGAUUGUUAUCAAUUAUUGAUAGAUAUUAUCUGCAUAAUAUAGAGACCUUCAAAAUUAUUUUUUUAUAGUAUUUUCUUUGAUUUACGCGAGUGUUGCACAUUACAAUAGAACACAUAUUGUUAUCUAUAUAUAUUUAUUAAGAUAUGAAACGAAAUAAAUCUGAACAGGCGCAAUGUAAUAUAUCUAAUAACUAUCCAGUUAUCUUCCGUACACCUUGGAGUUUCACUUUCACUUACGGCCGUUUUCAAUAACUUAUCUAUCCUUGUCUAGAAUUGGACUAUAACUAUAUUGGACAUAACUACGGAUAGAUAAGAUCUUGUCAUUAAACGGUGACAGCAAUGUAUGCGUAACUAGAGAUACGUUAUUGAAAACGGCCGUUAAAAUAGUGCUUGACGUUACGAAUGGGUUGCAUAAAUUUAUUUCUACAAGGGAAAGUCACUUGAAAAUUACAAGUUUUUUUUGUCGAAAAGAAUAUCUAUCUACCUACAUAACAAUAAUAAUAUCUUCGAAGCAUAAUCUACACAAAAAUUGAUUUAGGUUACAAUUCCAUGAAGCAACCAGUCUCUUAUUUUAAAUAUUGAAUAAGAAGAAUUGUAAGACUUAUUUUAUAAAAUCUAGUCAUCGUUAGAAUAAAUCUAUGUGAUGUUUAUUUUACUAUUUUAUUUUUAUAUUGUUACGUGUAAUUUAGAUAUAUAUACUCGUCUUUGUAUCAGACGCGUCAAAUAAACAUUAAUUAGUCAAUGUA